AUGGACACACUACGCCUGCCACAGCCAAUGGCUGCUCAAAACAAUGAGGACAAAGCAAGCCACGCACACUCGACGGUGACUCUGAUUGAGGAGGAGCAGGAGGCUGCAGACCCAUGGGACAUGCCAGAGCUGAAGGACACAGGGGUCCCAUGGUCAGCUCUGGAUACCAAGGGGAAAGUGUUAAGAGUGCUGGUGUCAGUGGGGAAGUUCAUCCUGCUGCUGGGUUUCCUCUACAUGUUCAUCUGCUCUCUUGACAUCCUCAGCUCCGCUUUCCAGCUUGUUGGAGGUAAAGCAGCAGGUGACAUCUUUCAGGACAACACAAUUCUGUCCAACCCUCUGGCUGGUCUGGUCAUUGGUGUUCUGGUCACUCUGCUGGUCCAGAGCUCAUCCACUUCCUCCUCCAUAGUUGUCAGCAUGGUGUCCUCUGGAUUGCUAACGGUCCAGCUGGCUGUUCCUAUCAUCAUGGGCACCAACAUCGGCACCUCUGUCACCAACACACUAGUCGCCAUGACGCAGGCUGGUGACCGCAGCACCUUUCGCAGGGCUUUUGCAGGGGCCACUGUGCACGACUUCUUCAACUGGCUCUCUGUGCUGGUGCUGCUGCCUCUGGAGGUCGCCACUGGUUAUUUGUAUGUGGUCACCAAGCUCAUCAUUGACUCCUUCAAAAUUGAGAAUGGAGAGGCCCCGGACCUGUUAAAUGUGAUCACUGAUAUUCUCACUGAGUCAAUUAUACAGUUGGAUCAGUCUGUCAUUAGUGGGAUUGCCACAGGAGACCCAGAAGCCAGGAAUAAGAGUCUCAUCCUGAAAUGGUGCCAAACCUUCACCAACUCAACCUUAAUGAACGUCACAGUUCCUGGUCCAGAGAACUGCACAUCUCCAUCUCUCUGCUGGUUCGAUGGCAACUACACCUUCACACUGAAGAACAUUUCUGAAAUGUACAAUGUCCAGAAAUGUAAGCAUCUUUUUGUUAAUGUGAAUCUGCCUGACCUGGCAGUGGGUCUGAUCCUGCUGGCUCUUUCUCUGCUGGUGCUCUGCUCCUGCCUGAUCCUGAUCGUCAAGCUGCUCAACUCCAUGCUGAAGGGACAGGUGGCUACAGUCAUCAAGAAGAUCCUUAACACUGAUUUCCCUUUUCCAUUUGGCUGGGUCACAGGUUACAUUGCCAUUUUAGUUGGAGCUGGAAUGACCUUCAUUGUGCAGAGCAGUUCGGUUUUCACUUCUGCUAUUACUCCACUUGUUGGUAUUGGUGUCAUCAGCAUAGAAAGAGCAUACCCGUUGUCUCUGGGUUCAAAUAUUGGCACAACCACCACAGCCAUCCUGGCUGCUAUGGCGAGUCCUGGAGACACACUGGGUGAUUCUCUACAGAUUGCCCUUGUGCACUUCCUGUUCAACAUCUCUGGCAUUAUUCUGUGGUAUCCAUUCCCCUGCACCCGCAUCCCUAUCCGGCUGGCGAAAAGCCUGGGGAACAUCACCGCCUCUUACCGCUGGUUUGCUGCCAUCUACAUAAUCUUUUUCUUCUUCGUUUUACCGCUCUUCAUCUUCAGCCUGUCACUGGCCGGCUGGCAGGUACUGGUAGGCGUGGGUGCACCUCUCGUUGUCAUAUUGAUCAUCAUCAUAGUGAUCAACAUACUGCAGAAACGGAAACCUGGGUGUCUGCCUGCAGCACUGCGAUCCUGGGACUUCCUCCCGCUGUGGGCCCACUCCCUGGCUCCCUGGGACAAAGUGAUUGGUGUGAUUACCACCAAAUGCUGUUGCUGCUGCAAAUGCUGCCAAAUUUCUGCUGAUGAUCAAGAACCCAGCAAUAAAGAACCAGUGGGAAAUAACAACACAGAGGUGUAUGAUAACCCUGCAAUGAGUGCAGAGAAGGAGGUGGAAAAUGAGAUAAAUUUAGAGCCUAAGAUUCUGAAGAUGACCCAGCUUUGA